AUGCUCAUCCUAUGCGCGGCCAAUCUCCCAUUCCCUCCAACCGACGACGAAGCCAUGUUACCCCAGUCAUAUCCACGUACCCCAAUAAUCCGGUCGCUGGGCUUCGCAAACUGCCUGAUUAACGAAUACCCACGUAUCCCAGAACGCGAGUUUGUGCACCAGUGCGCAUUAGAAUACGGUAUCGACUUUGAAUCCUUGAAUACAUGCGCCAGCCAACAGAACGACGAGCCGGAUAAUGGCGAGAACGGAGGCCCUCCUCUUAGCGGGAUUGCUCUAUUACGGAACAGUGCGCUGCGCUCAUCUAGUCUCGAUGCAAAGAUCAGCUGCACUGUUCGACUGAAUGAGAAAACAUGGUGUAUUCAUGAUAGCGGCGCUUGGAAGGAUUGUGCCCAAGAUGGCAGUAACCCGCAGGUACUCGCUGAUGAGGUUGAACGGCUCUAUGCGGAAAGAAAUUGA